AUGCAGCAAGGCGAUCAAACUCUGGCAUCUUCCACACAGCUGCAACCACAGAAAGACAGUGGAAUGUGGAAAUCACCGGCUGCGAGCCCACGCCGACUGUCAGACAUCAGUCCCCAACUUCGACAGCUAAAAUCCUUGGCCGUCGAAGAAGAAAUAAAGGAGGACUUCAAGUCUUCCCGCUCGGUGGAAGACAUAAAAAACGCGUCGAUCGAGGAGCGCAUCCUCAGGAUCACCGGCUACUACGGAUACCAGCCCUGGAGUUCAACUAACCCAGUUGUGGAGAAGCCAAACAAAGAGAGGGUGGAAGUGAAGGUUGACAACCAAAUCGGGACAAAUGUGAUAACUGUAGAGAGUACAAGUAGGCAGCAAAAGGUACGUUGCUGUCUGUGCUGGACUGUAGCCCACCUGAGGCAGGCGCUCUGGGGGGUCACUGUAGUUCUCUGUGUGUGUUUUUCUUGGACGGGAUCAACUCAGCUAGCCAAAAUAACACUCAAAGAGCUCAAUGUUCCCUUCACUCUCACCUGGUUCUCUACCUCCUGGAACUGCCUCCUUUUCCCUUUGUACUACAUGGGCCAUCUGUGCUGGAGCAAAGACAGGCAGAGCAUUCGACAGCGCCUCAGGGAGUGCUGUCAGUUCCUGGGUGAUGAUGGACUGUCAGUGAAAACGCUGCUGUCAGUAGUGGCACCGUUUGGAGUGCUGUGGACGCUCACCAGCUACUUGUAUCUGCAGGGUCUACGCAGGAUUCCCACAACAGAUGCCUCAGCUCUCUUUUGCUGCAGCCGUGCAUUUGUCUUUCUCAUCUCCUGGAUUGUGCUACGUGAUCGCUUCCUGGGUGUCAGGAUUGUUGCAGCUAUUUUAGCUAUUGCAGGCAUAGUAAUGAUAACGUACGCUGAUGGAUUUCACAGUCACUCUGUGAUUGGCAUUUCCUUGGUGGUUGGAUCUGCAUCAACAGCAGCCAUGUACAAGGUACUGUUCAGGUUGGUUUUGGGCAGUGCCAAGCUGGGUGAAGCUGCAUUGUACUUGACUGUCCUUGGAGGAGCCAACUUGGUCUUCGUCAGCAUUGUACCCAUUAUUCUACUCCUAACUGGAGCUGAGGAUUUUGGCUCGCCCAGAGAUAUACCUUGGCACAGUCUAUGUUGUACUGCUGCACUACUGCUGGUGUUCAAUUUCCUGAUAAAUUUUGGUGUUUUGGUAACACUUCCUACAUUGAUUUCUUUGAGCAUUGUCCUCAGUGUACCUGUUAAUGCUGUAAUAGACCACUAUAUGUGUGAGAUCCAGUUCAACAGUGUGCGUAUCAUUGCCGUGUCCACCAUCUGCUUGGGCUUCCUGUUGCUAUUACUCCCAGAGGACUGGGAUCACUAUCUGCUGCAGCUUCACUCUAUGGUGUUUCGCAGGAAGAAGCCACAAGAUGGAAGCAGAGACACACCCCCUGAAACACUACAAGCUUAUUCUAGCAAGACAGGGAACUGCAACACUAAAACAGCAUGUUCUCGUUAAGCCGAUUUUUUGCAUCAUGUCACAAGAGGAGCAUUGCACUCAAAUCAAAAUAACAGUGACUACAUAAAAGGAUGAAUUUAUGUAGGAUUGCAGAUUUGGAUCAGUGGACUAUGCAGUGCCUCUUCAAACGAGAUUUACAAAGACUGUCAAAAUAUGACGUAUAAGAUAAAUCCAUGAAUCCAUUUUUUAUUUAUUGCAUCAAAGCACAAGACUGCAUAAUGUAGCAUCUUGCAUAAUUCAGAGUUGUUGAUGACAUUGAUUUAUGCUGCACUUGUUUUGUAUUGGACAAUUAUGCUUAAUACAGCUGACUCUAUUGUGACCUUAAUAAAUACCCCAUUCAUUCUUAACCUAUUCUAAUACAAUAUAAUACAUUAUAAUGCUGUUGUAUGGACUGAAAGCAUAUAUGGAUAUACAGAGUACUAAUCUUCUAUUUCAAUGCAU